AUGAUUGAUGUCGUAGCAACUGGCCCCAGCAACGGAGAAGGCAUGGAUGAACCGGGAAAUAGUGCGGUAGAAUCUUCAGCAUCCGUACCGCGCGGCGAAGUCGGCGUAGUAAUCGACCAUAAACGAUGGCCAAAAAUCCGAGAUGAAGUCGUGAAUUGCACACGCAAGCAUUCCUGCUACACCACAAACGACACCUACGUACCAACACGACUCCUCGAUAUAAGCGACUACGGCAACAACAACAUCAUCAAGCUCGUGUCGCCAACCACAAACCACAAACCCGAGACGAAGAAAUACGUCACCUUGUCAUAUUGCUGGGGCGAAUCCAACAACUUCGUCCUCACGCAGUCCACCCUCGCCGACCGCCAAAACGGGUUCUCUCCGUCCGACCUCCCCCGCACGCUCCGGGACGCGGUGCAAGUAACCCACGAGCUCGGGGUAGACUACCUCUGGAUAGACGCGCUCUGCAUCAUCCAAGGCAGCGCGGAAGACUGGGCGCAGGAGUCGUCCCAGAUGGAAAGCGUCUACAGAAACGCGUACCUCACCAUCGUCGCGGCGAACGCAGCGGACUGCGCAGAUGGUUUCCUCCAGCUGUCGAAGCAGGUGCAGGAACAUCCCAAGCGGCGCGAACAAGCGCCGAACUACACCCACAGGGGCGAGAUCGUGCCGUUCCAGGACGAGCCGCUCAACCGCCGCGCGUGGGCCCUGCAGGAGUGGCAGCUCUCGCCGCGCCGGCUGGUGUUCUCGUCGUACAAGAUGGACUUCAUCUGUCCACUCCUGGACCGGGACAAGGUCCGCAUCUUCAACGCGAGGUUUCGUCCUCUGCUCGACGAGGAGGGGGCGACUAUCAAGGACUGGACGGUGAUCCUGACGACGUACACGUCGCGCAGCCUCACCAAGCCCAGCGACAAGCUUCCGGCGUUGGCGGGCAUGGCCGCGAGGUUCCGAAGCAUAACUGGUGGGAAAUACGGCCGGUAUCUGGCCGGUUUGUGGGAGGAGGACCUGCUGAAACAGCUUCUCUGGCGCCAGGACGACCCAGCGAGGUACUAUCCGCCCACGAGUAGAGGGAAAUCCGAGCAGUGGAGGGCGCCGUCGUGGUCGUGGGCCUGCGUCGACGGACACGUGGACUUCCAGCUCGCGGGGAAAGCCACAAAGGUCGACCUCGCGACGGUGGUAAAUGUCGACGUCACGCUCGCAUCGCAGCAGAAUCCGUUCGGGGAGCUUCUUGACGGACAGAUAACCAUCCGAGGACCUCGCAGGGUUGUUCGAGACCGCAUAGAUUUUCGGUUCAAAAGGGAUGCUGGUAUAGCUGGCUUCGUACCGAUUCAGCGCCGCGGGACGGAAAUCGGUUGGAUCCAUUUCGACAGUGAUGACAGCAGGGAAUUCUGCCUCGUGUCGAAAGCUAUGAUGCAGUUCCUCGGGGUCGGCACCGUUGACGAUGUUGCUACGAUCGGCCUCGUACUGAGAGCCACGGAAACAGUGGCCGGUUCGGAACCGAAGCUGCAAAGAGUUGGCUUGUUUUACAUGUACGACAAGAAUGAGUUUCAAUGGAAAGACAAGGCGAAUGUAGGAGAGUAUACCAUUUUCUAG